UUGGUCUGCGCGCUGCCCGCGGGCCCGGCCCAAUGGCAGCGCUCGUUGUUGAGGGGUCGCGGGAAGAAGGCGUUGUCGAGGUCUCCGCCUCUUCCUUUCGCGGCUCUCACCCUUCGCGAGCGCACGUCCUGGGCCGCCGUCCCCGUCCGCCGCCGCACGAGAUGCGUUACGUCGCAGCUUAUCUGCUCGCCGUGCUCGGCGGCAACGAGUCCCCCACGUCCAAGGACUUGAAAAAGAUCCUCGAUAGCGUCGGCAUCGAGACGGACGAUGAACGCAUGAACAAGGUUAUUAGUGAGCUGAAUGGAAAAAACAUUGAAGAUGUAAUUGCCCAGGGUAAUGGAAAGCUUGCCAGCAUGCCGGCCGGGGGAGCCGUGGCAGUGUCUGCCGGAGGGGGCUCUGCUGCUCCUGCUGCAGCUGCUGCCCCUGCUGCUGCUGAGGAGAAGAAAGAAGAGAAGAAGGAGGAAUCGGAGGAAUCUGAUGAUGACAUGGGAUUCGGCCUCUUUGAUUAAUUAUUUGUUACAGAGAAGUUAUUAAAAUCCUUUGUUUUAAA